UUUCCUCUUAUAUUUUAAUAAAAUUAGUGGUUGAAUAUUAAAAAUAAAGAAUCUUGAAAGAUGUUAGCAUGUUAAUAGUAUGGUAAAAGUAAGAAAAGAAGAAGGGAAAAUUUAAGGGAGGAAAAAAAUCAAAUAGACGCUUUAAUUAUUCUUUUGAUGGAUCUUACUUCCUUAAAAGGUAUGUGAAAUAUAUACUAUCUUAAAUUUGGGCAAAUUAACCUUUCUCAUCAAAGUUUUGGUUUAAUUUUCCCAAAAAGUUAACGUCGGAGUAAAUUGUGUUGCUAGGAAAGAGUUCAAGGGGCAAAUUGACCUUUUAUUCUUUGUUUCCCUGCGUUUUCUUUUGUAAGCGCCGUCUCGCUUACCAACUGUUCGACUAAAUUCCGAACAGAAACCUUGAAAGUUGAAACAACCAUGGGCAAGAGAGGAGGGACUAAAAAGCAACCAGACACGCCAACUCCGUCGCACAAAUCAAUCUCCUUAAGACAAGAAACAACUGGCAGAAUACAAACCAAAGGCGCCAGUGUUCGCAAUCCAAAAUCAUUCUUGAAACUCGAGCACUUGCAGAACCUGUCAGUAUGGGCCUCCAGAGAAGCUUCUAUCCCCUCUUUGUCCGCCUUUUUCGGACGCCAAUUUGCCGCUGCUGGGGAAGCAUUGGGCUUUCCUGACCAUGCUCUGAUUCCUUGCCAGAGAUGUGAGACACUUCUUCAGCCUGGUUUGAACUGCACAGUGCGAAUUGUGAAGACCCUUGCAAAGUCAAGGCGUAGACACAAAAAACCUAAUACAUCAAUGCAGAGUAACGUGGUUUAUAAUUGCCACUUCUGUUCACAUCGGAAUCUAAAGAGAGGAUGUGCAAAAGGCUAUAUGAAAGAAAUAUGGCCAUCCAAGCCAAAGCAAAAGCCGUCAGCUGAGUCAAAACCUUCCAAGUCAAUUCCUGAGAGGUCUGUCAGCCUGGAGAAUGUAUCAGGAAUCAAGGAUGAGAUGGUAAAGAUGGAUGAGAUAACUCUGCCCCCAUUAUCUGGGGAUACCUGUAUCACAAACAGUCCAGCUACUCCAUUAGUAAAAAGUGGAGCCACUUUACUGGAUGCAAAGAGGAGAAAGAGAAACAAAUCAGGAGCUAAGGAAACUGACAGUAACAAGGCUUCAAAAGAUAGUGAAAGAACUGUUAAUGCAUCGAGUAAAAGAAAGAGAAAAUCUUGGACCAGCCUGAAGGAAAUUGCUGAGAGUAAAGAGCAUGAUAGCACUCGAAAUGUAACUAACCUGACAAUCCCAUUUUUGAUAUGAGUUUGCCAAUUCUCAUAAAGUUAAGAGAAUCCAGAGGGGCCUUAAGGGGUUCUUUGAUUUUGUGGCAUCAAUUUGUAGUGAAAGAGUGUUGGAUCAGAAAAUUACAAUUGUAAGCUUUAAAGGGGGUUUGGUUUUAUAUUCCCUUAUUGGCAAAUCAAAUAUAUUUAUUUAUUUUUUUUAAAUUGUAUUUACUGGGGAAUCAUAAGUUAUUCUUUUGUGUCUAACUUCCUGGACCCAAAGUAAAAGAAAAAUGGUUAAAAGUGAAUAAAUAAUCUCAUUUGUACCAUAA